UUGGUAAUGGACCAACCAGCAGUAAGGGUUUUGUUUUGCGUAGCAACCUGUGCUGCUGCUGUCACCUGACAAGUCUGCUGGCCAGCCAACUCUUGUUUUUGAUAGCAAUCUUUUGUUCUUGUCCUCCGAAGAGAAUUAUUACUAUACAAGCAGCCGAGCAAGCUGCGGAGUUGCAGUUAUUUCUUCGUCAGCAAUAUAACAGCAGACCAAUAGGCAAGCUGACAAACAAGACUCUGGUUUCUUCAAUCACACAGCGUGUCGUAUCGGCAACGGCGGCAGUUCAUGGGAGAGAAAUGGAUAGCCUGGGAGAAUAUCUGCAAGACCGAGUUCUAAAGAAAACUUAUUUUCUUCUUAAUGGGGAAGUUAGAUCGUGUCAAAUUUCUUAACUGCCUGUAGUUACUGUUGCUUGGAGUCCUGCGGCUGAAGAAGCUGGUGUGCUUUAAUUGACUUUAACAAAAAAAUGAAGCUUGCAGUGCUGGAUCUGGGAACCAUAUUUGCAAACAUUUUCAAGACUUCCGCCUCUCCUGUUGUCCCGCCAGCGGGUUCCUCCAACAGUGGACCAUCAGUAUCUUCAGCUAAAGCAACGCCUCUCACUUCUUCCUUGUUCAAUGUCUCCGGGAAAGCCUCUGGACUUUCUGCAAGUGGCUCUGCUCCAGGCAGCCCUGCCACCGUCAAAAACAGCAGCACCUCUCUCCCAGCCUCGGCCACUGUGCCCAAGUCCGCCGGGCUGAGUACAGGGAGUGCAAAUCAGAUAGCAGCCCGGCCACUUCCGUCCUCCAACCUGGCCGCUUUAAAUGCAGUAAAACCCGUGCCAGCUCAGACCGGAUCAAACAACAGCAUCAUUUCUGGCUCGGGAAGGUCCUCGGCAUCCGUUGAGGAUAGCGUUACGUGGAAACUGUCGAACAAGCAACAUCCCAUCACAUUGCCCAACAUCGGCGAGGAGGGGCUCACAGAUACUGAUUCAAUAGAAAGUAGCAAUGGAAACAGAAAGGGAAUAUCAAAAGGAGUUGACUGUCAUCACUUUCCUGAGAAAACCAGUGAUUCGCUUCCAACUAAUUUCACUGAACAUGUUCAAGGAGCAAUUCAGAGUUACAACAGUAAUGUGUCCAUCGUAUCUGAAUCAGUAAGUGGGCAGACCUCACCAGCAGACCUUCAUCAUUCUUGGUCUGCAAUCCAGAGUUAUACAACAGGCCUGUCCACAGAGCGGAGUUCAGUUUACUCCUGGAGAGAUGAUGAAUUUGACAAGGCAAACACACGAACAGUGCACCAGUUGUUCUGGGAAAUCGAUGAGAUGCUGUUUGAGGGAAAGGUGAGCAGUCGUACUGAAAGCAUUCAAACAGAGUGUCGGGAAUGGACGGAACGUUCACCCCAGCUCAGGAUUUUGGGAACUCAGCUCUUGAUGCCGAAAGAUGAAGGUUUUCAACAUUUCCAGAGCAGAGAAAGCAACUCCAUAACAACUCGGACAUUAUCUAGUUUCUGUGAUAGCACUGGCAAUAUGAAGGAGCUGAGCCUGUCAGGCCUACGUCUGCUUCCUGUACAAUCUCCUUAUCACAGUGGCUUGGAAUCAAACUCCACUUUGAGUUCCCUCGAUUCAGACUCCUCCGUUUUCUCAUUCCUAGAGGAAGAGAUCUUUGAUGUGGAUGGAAAGAUUGAAGAGUAUUUUGCAUAUGACAGUAAAGAAUGUUUUAGUGAUGAUGAGAGUUUGGAACAAAAGAAUGUUCAACUUGUUCGAAGGAGAAAUAAACGGGGCAUUCCGCCCAUUUCUCCCAAUGCCUGUAUUAAAGAUGCUGCCUCAGCAGAGAUAUUCGAUGACAUCUGGCGGGGUGUGAUUGAAACGUUGGAAGAGCUAAUCAGGAAACAAUGGGAAAACACCCUUUCAGACAGAGAUAAGCAGACGGUGAAUAUGCAGAGUGCAAUAAUGAGCAAACUCCCUCGAAUCAGUGAUUCUCGAAUCGUCUUAACAAGCUGUGGUAUUCCACCUUCCCGAGGCUCUGAGACACGUGUCUUGGCAGUAGGAACAUCUUUGAUCCACUCUCAGGCUUACCGUAUGACAAAUAGUUAUCGUAAUGAUUUAAAUGGUGUGAUGACGAUUCAAGCCAAACCACUACAGCAGAGACAUGCAGGAUUACCUGACAAAACACAGUGUGAGCAGGAUGAAAAGCAGUUCAGUGCAGGCUCCAGUAUUUUGUCCACAAUACGUAAUCGCCUGGGACGGAGUACAGAUUACAGUGUUCUGUCAGCAUCCCGUAUCAUGCAGGCAUCUUCACGAAAGACAGGUUCACAACGUAAGCUGCCGUCCCUCGGUUCAGAGCUGUUAAAGACAAAGGCUGCAAACGUCUACAGUGAUGAGAUUCUUCGAGGAACUAAACUUGCAAACUCUUCUGCAACUUACAAGAGUAGUCAAUAUGUUGAAAGUAAUGCUAAAACCUACAGUGGAGCAAGACAGCAAUUAUAUCAACACUUCACAUUUAAGAGGCACAUUGGCACUGCUCGUAAUAACCAAUUACCACCUAUUCAUACAGAAACAACAGAAGCACAAUUUCCCUCAUUUGGAUCAAGAUAUCAACUGAGAGGAAGAUUCUCACAUAGCAGAGUGUCAAGUGCCAUUGGGGAAGGAACAGGUCGACAGACUCUCAGGGAGCGACCAAUCACAAUCGACACUUCUUCACGGCCGAAUACAACACAUACAUUUCGGUCCGAUACACCAUUCAAACGGUCUUUCACACCAAUGGACUAUAACAGUCAUGCUCGAACACGGAGGGCUUCCUUCACAGAUCAUGCUGGAAUUGGUGUGACUGGCGUCAGCCUCGGAAUUUCUGCCUCCAGCUCUAAUUAUCCCACAGAUUUUGCACAUCACCAUCAUCACCUGUUAAACCAGCCACCCAUUGAAGGCGAUGAGGACGAGUAUCGAAUAACAUGGGGUCCACAAGCACAUUUUCAGUCCAAACCUUUUAAUCGUCUUCCUACAAGUUCCAGAAAACGAUCCCAAGUGGUUUCAUAGGUAAAGUCAGUUGAAGCACUGGAGAGUGGAAAGCUCGAGAAUUAAUGAAGAUGGUUUGCUUACAUCAGGUCACAAACAGGACUAGCUUCAUUAGAAGAAAACAUAUGAAGUGUUGAAAGGCUCACCAUGAAGCACUUAAUUUUGUGCAGUGACUGACGGUGUACAGUGUUGUUAGCUGUCUUCCUAUUAAUUAAUACCUAUUAAACAAACUAUACAAAAAUUGUACCAAUUUUAUAGGUACAUACAAGACUAUUUGUCAAGGUAGCUUGCAGUGGAAAGCAACAUUUUCUUGUAUUGUAACUACCAACCUGACACUUGUAUUCUAUUGUUCUUAAUUGUUCAUUACUCCAACAUGCUACUUAUACCUCAAUAACCUACUGACAGGCAGCUACUGCAAGUACAUGUUUUGCUAAUUAAGAAGCUAGACAGCUUUGACAAGUCCAGUCUGUAUUGUUGAGAGAGUGUUUGUUGAAUUCACUGUGAGCAAGAUAAAGUGAAAUAUUCAGUUUGCAAGUAUGCCAUGGAAAUGCAAUUAUUUCUUUCUAGGUAUGUGUGCUUCUUUGUAGAUUGUCAGUAUUUGUAAGACAAAUAUCUGUGGCAUAUUCUUGUCAUCUCUUUCCACAUUCAUAAAGGUGUGACAAACUUUUGUUUUAUUUUCCUAUUUGUUAUUUAUAAUGCAAAGUUGCAUGUAGCAAUCAUGUUGCACAUACCAGUUCAAAUACAAUAUGCUGUAUUCAAGUAAUCUAUGCAGUGACCAGAAAAGAGCUUGGAACCACUAGAUGCCAGAAAUGUUCCCUCUAACGUAUUCAGGUAUUAUAUCAUGCAUUUAAUAUUCCAAACCUAAUUCACUAUGUCAAAUCUUGCUGCUGUGGGCAUCUUCUGAUAUGUUGUUAGAAAUUUUUUGCACCAUUUAAUUUACACCGUAACUUUCUGGACAUGUGAGCUGAUAACUUUCUGGUGAGGGUAAUGAUGCACUGGAUCUAAAUGAAUGGCAAGGCUGAAAGUAUAAUCCCUUUACCAAUGAGAUUCCGAGAUUGAAAGCUAAGAAAGAGAAAGGAGAAAGUUAAUAUCGUCUAAUCAGAUACAGAAAGAUUGCAUUGAGAGAGAGGAAAUAAAAGACGGAAAGGAUAAGUAUGAUUUUUAUCUUUCAUCUAACAUUGCUGGCAGUAAUGAGGCUGAACAAUAUAUAUUGGUUCUUUUCGGAGUUGGAUAGAUUAAUCGACAUUGCAUUAACAAUAUAGUAAAUGCAUAACUUAAAAUGUACUGAUCCUGUUGAGUAGGAAUCCUUGUUCUGUGUUGAGUUUAUGUACAAAGCCAGUAAGUUCUUAACCAUAAUCAGGGAAGCUAAGGACAAGAUACCAUUUAUGCAAACCAAUAGCUGGAUAGCACGUUUUGAAAAAAAUUCAGGAAAAUCAUAAUUCUCGCUAUAUCUCUUUGUUUCUUGAACUUGCUGGCUGAUUUGUACAUCAAUAACAGCAUGCAUUAUGAACACAUUGUUCUUUUAACAGAAAGAUUUGGUCCAUUAUUUAGUAAAGUAUGUGUUUUUACAUAUGUAAAGGUAUUUUUUGAUUGUAUUUUAAUGCGUGAAUUUGCCAAAUCUUUUAUAUGUUGCU